CUCGCAAUUUCAUUAUCGCCACCUACUCCCAUGGCUAUUUCAUAGUAGUAAUAUUCUCAUACUGUUGCAUUCACACCUAUUUUCAUAUUGUUGAUUUGUUAAUUCUUUUAAUUGGACCGAUUGAAGCAUUAUUCCUCUCUGUGGCCUCAAGUCUGGUGGUUUAAGAUAUUGGAGCUAUGGACUUCUUGGCAACAUCCGAAGGACAACUAGUAGUUGGAGUUGCUGUUGGUCUCAUAGCUAUUGCUGCUGCCUAUUUCUUGCUUUCCUCCAACAAGCCCAAAGUGUGCUUGGAUGCUGAGAAUUUCAAGGAAUUUAAGCUUGUGAAGAAAACACAAAUAAGCCAUAAUGUGGCCAAGUUCAGAUUUUCUCUCCCUACCCCAACAUCUGUAUUGGGCCUUCCUAUUGGACAGCACAUUAGCUGCAGGGGUAAGGAUAGUCAAGGUGAAGAGGUCAUUAAACCAUACACACCAACUACUUUGGAUUCUGAUGUUGGAUACUUUGAAUUAGUUAUAAAGAUGUAUCCACAAGGGAGAAUGUCUCAUCAUUUUAGAGAAAUGAAGGAAGGUGAUUUUAUGGCUGUCAAAGGACCAAAGGGCCGUUUUAGGUAUCAACCAGGCCAAGUGAGAGCAUUUGGUAUGCUUGCUGGAGGCUCUGGGAUUACACCAAUGUUCCAGGUUGCCAGAGCAAUCUUGGAGAACCCUAAUGACAAAACAAAGCUGCAUCUGAUCUAUGCUAAUGUUACGGUUGAUGACAUUCUACUAAAGGAUGAAAUCAAUGGUCUUGCCAAAAACUAUCCUGAUCAGUUCCAAGUUUACUAUGUGCUGAACCAGCCUCCUGAAGUAUGGAACGGUGGAGUUGGUUUUGUGUCGAAAGAAAUGAUCCAGGCGCACUGCCCUCCUCCCGCCUCUGACAUUAAGAUUCUGAGAUGUGGUCCGCCUCCAAUGAACAAGGCCAUGGCUGCUCAUCUCGAGGCACUUGAAUACUCGGCUGAGAUGCAGUUCCAGUUCUAACUUUCCACCCGGUUUUGUUGAAACUUGAUUUUAUCUUUUUCUUGGGGGAAAUUACUCUCGAUGUAAAGAUUUCCCCCUUUUUUUUUAUUUAAAUGCUAAGAACUUGUAAGCCGUUUUUCCUUGCAUUCAAAUAAGAUGAGUUAAGUCAUUAGGUCGAUUCA